CAGCCGCAGAAUGACUUGGAGCAGCUCUCUGCUGCGCACGCACUCAGGGUUCACUUGACACCAACCGCUGGUUUUGAGCGCAGCUAUAAAGCUCAGCAGCUGGAGAGGAUCGUGUGUAGAGUGGAGCCAGUGGAAGAUGGGCGAGAAGCUGGACAGAAGCGCGUUUGUAGAAGUUUAGUCAGGACGCGCGACUUGGAGCGCGGUGCCAUCCCGCGCAGACGCGCCGCAGAAAUGGCCGGGGCUGCGCUUUUACCGCUCUUCACUCAAUUUCUACUUUAUUUGACAUUAUCAUCGUGCAUGGAGGUGGAUUUCUGCACACCUGUCCGCCUUGACCAGCAGAUGCGUGGGCAGCGUGUUGUGUUCAGGCUGAAUGCAUUCAGACAGGAGUUUUUCCUGCGCCUCAGGCCGGAUUCUAGUUUCCUCGCAGCAGGCAGCGGAUCUGCAGCAUCCAACGCUUCAGCUGACCUCAGGAGAUGCUUCUACUCCGGUGAUGUAAACGCAGACCCGGACUCCUUUGCAGCAGUCAGCCUGUGCCGGGGUCUGCGGGGGGGCUUCUCCUAUAAAGGCAUGGAGUAUUUCAUCACCACAAGCCCUGCAGCUGCGUCUGGUUAUGGAAACUUUUUGGAAACAUCUCACAUGAUCAGCCGCAGGGGGGUCGCGGUGCAUUUAGGGAACAACCUCACCAGCAGGUGUGGAGUCACCCCGGAAACCAACUUCAGCGUUUCUCUGGACAAAUACAAACGCCUGAGUGAGCUGGACGCUGAUUGGUUGACAGAAGGCGUCCUUAAAUCCCUGGGGAGGUCCAAGAGGUUCGCCUCUAUCCCCAGGUUUGUGGAGGUGCUUGUAGUGGCAGAUCAGUCCAUGGCUGCAUUCCACGGGGAUGACCUCAAGCAUUACCUUCUGACCCUGAUGUCAGUAGCUGCCAGGCUGUACAAGCACCCCAGCAUACUGAACUCCAUAAACAUUGUGGUGGUUGGCUUCAUGGUGAUAAAUGAAGCUGACAAGGGACCAAAGAUUUCCAGCAAUGCUGCUCUGACGCUGCGCAACUUCUGCUCCUGGCAGAAGAAGUUAAAUAAAGUCAGUGAUAAGCACCCGGAGUACUGGGACACUGCCAUCCUGUUCACCAAACAGGAUCUCUGCGGAGCCACGACCUGCGAUACUCUGGGGAUGGCUGACGUCGGCACCAUGUGUGACCCAAGGAGAAGUUGUUCUGUGAUUGAGGAUGAUGGUUUACCCUCUGCUUUCACCACUGCUCAUGAGCUCGGCCAUGUCUUCAACAUGCCCCAUGACAAUGUGAAGGCAUGUGAGGAAGUAUUUGGGAAACUGAAGGACAACCACAUGAUGUCUCCCACACUGAUUCAGAUUGACAGGAGUCGGCCUUGGUCAGUGUGCAGCGCAGCCAUCAUUACCGAGUUCAUGGACAGAGGUCACGGAGACUGCCUAUUGGACCAGCCUCAGAAGCACCUCACCCUCCAGGACAGACUUCCUGGCUACAGCUAUAGCCUGCACCGUCAGUGUGAGCUUGCCUUUGGUUCAGGCUCCACACCCUGCCCCUACAUGCAGCCCUGCACAAAGCUGUGGUGCACCGGGAAUGCUCGUGGACAGCAAGUCUGUCAAACCCGACACUUUCCCUGGGCAGACGGCACAAGCUGUGGCUAUGGCAGCAACAAAGUCUGCUACAGAGGCACCUGUGUUGAUAAGCACAGCACCAUGCAUGUAAAGGUGGAUGGCCGUUGGGGGAAGUGGGGUGCAUUUGGAGACUGUUCAAGAAGUUGUGGUGGAGGUGUUCAGUUGGCCAGGAGAGACUGUAAUAACCCUGUCCCUGAAAAUGGUGGGAAAUACUGCUACGGCCUUCGCAUUAAAUACCGCUCAUGUAAUCUCAACCCUUGUCCUGAAACUGGUAAAAGCUUUCGUGAGGAGCAGUGUGAGGCAUUCAAUGGCUUAAACCUAAACACCAGCAGACUGGGAUCCAGUGUAGUUUGGAUUCCCAAAUAUUCUGGCAUCUCUCCCAAGGAUAAAUGCAAGCUCAUCUGCAGGGCCAACGGAACUGGAUACUUCUAUGUUCUUUCACCUAAGGUUGUGGAUGGGACGCCUUGUUCCCCUGACACCUCAGCCGUGUGUGUUCAGGGGAAGUGUGUGAAGGCAGGCUGCGACGGCAAGCUGGAUUCCAACAAGAAGUUUGACAAGUGUGGUGUGUGUGGUGGCGACAACAAAGGCUGCAAAAAGGUCUCAGGAAUGUUCACCAAGCCUGUUAACGGCUACAACUUUGUGGUGACGCUGCCCGUCGGAGCCUCCAAUAUUGACAUCCGCCAACGUGGGUACAGAGGAAUGGUCAGUGAUGAAAACUACCUCGCUGUGAAGGAUAGGCAUGGAAAUUACCUUCUGAAUGGAAACUACGUGGUGUCGGCCGCAGAGAGGGACAUGCUACUUAAAGGCAGCCUGCUGCGCUACAGUGGCACAUCCACAUCUGUUGAGAUUCUCCAGGCUACCAGACCUCUGCAAGAGCCGCUAACGGUGGAGGUGCUCUCUGUGGGGAAGAUGACUCCGCCGAGAAUCCGCUACUCUUUCUACAUCUCAAAGGAGCGUAAGGAGGACAAGGUUCUACGGAAAGAGGAGAAAAGCCACAAAUCACAAAACAGUGUCCUGACAGAUGAGAAAAACACCAAAAAUAAGAACGAGGUGAUGGGUAAGAGACCUAUUAGCCACUGGGUAACAUCAUCAUGGGAUUCAUGCACAGUGACCUGUGGGAACGGUCUCCAGAAGAGGCUGGUACAGUGCCAGAGCACAGAAGGACGUCUUGCAACAGAUUGUGACAGUGCUAAAAGGCCUGAAGCAAUAAGAGCGUGUGGUGAUCCAUGUCCCAUGUGGGAUGUAGGGACCUGGUCUCCGUGCUCAAAGUCCUGUGGGAGAGGCUUUAAAAGACGCCCAGUGCGCUGCAUAACUGAGAACGGCCUAAAUCUGCCCAGAAACCACUGCUCUGGCAAGAGGAAGCCUCAGGAACUGGACCUCUGUAACUUGAUGCCAUGCUAGUGCAACACAGAUCCAAAGGAUUUACUGAGAUCAAGUGAAUAUGUCUCAAAAUAUCAAUAUGAUUCCACUGCAAUGUCAGUUGCAAAAACUCCUGAAUCAAAUCAAAUGUGAUGGGUUUUGAUUCACCUUUGUCUUAAAAUAAGUUAUCUACUAAAGGCAAGAAACGUCAAGCCCAUCAGUCAAAGGUCUCCAUUUAUGUUAGACUACCUCCAUCUGGACAUACCAGGAUGUAUGGGUGUUCUCUUAAGACGUGGUAUGUAUAUUGUUGUUACUUUGCCCAGCUGUCAAAGGGAGUACUGUUCAAAAAUGUCUGCAUCAGUAAUUAGACGUUCCCAAACCACUGAGUUUUACGCCAGACUAGAGCGUUUGGUGAGACAUGAGGGAGAACCCUGACUUCAGGAUGAGCUUUAUUAUCUGUAUGCCUCAAUAUAAAUCAAAGAGCCAAUGCCCUGCGUGAGUAUU